AUGAAAAUGCAUGAUAUUUCAGCUCAACUUAAGAAACUUGAGGUUAAUAUGUCUGACUCCUUCCUGGUGCACUAUAUUCUGAACUCUCUUCCGUCUAAGUAUGAGCCUUUCAAGAUCUCCUACAAUACACAUAAAGACAAAUGGUCAAUCAAUGAAUUAAUGACCAUGUGUGUUCAGGAAGAAGAAAGACUUGUAAUGGAACAGAGUGAGAGUGCAUUGCCGACAAGCACUCGCGGGAAGAACAGAGCUUUCAAAACUGACAAGUCACAAGUCAAUCAGAAAGGGAAAUUCAAAAUACCACCGCAAGGUGAUAUCAAGAAAGAAGCAAAGUGCUACUUAUGUAAAAAGGGAGGACACAUGAAGAAGGAAUGCCCUGGAUUCAAAGAAUGGCUUGAGAAGAAAGGGUAUGCAAAACCUAAGGAAGCCAGUGGGAAGUGA